AAUUUGGAUGCAAGACCAUAUUUCUUAUUAAUUAAAUUCUGUAAUUUCUUUAUGUUUUCCUCUAAGUGGCUUAGGCCCAUCUUUAUUUUAACUCAGGCCCAGCAGCCUUGAAACUAUGUUUUAACCUAGUAUUUAUACUCUUCUUAGAGUAAAUGAAGGGAACGGAAUUUUGAAGUCAUUUUAUUUUUCUUAGUUUAAAUUUUCUUACGUGAGUGCUAUGGUGAAACCCUUCCUUGGGAAGUAGCCGCAGAACCUUUCUUCUAUCAUUGGUGCUUUCAUCACCAUCCUCAAUGCCUCCUAAAAAAGACACCACAAACCCUACUGACCUUGAUGCCUCUAUUCAACACACAAAUUUACGGCUGGAUGACCUUAUUUUGGCUAAUCGCAACUUCGAAGCUGCCAUGGAACAAGACAACCUAAACCUCACCCGACAGAUUGGUGAGCUUGACAGCAGCGUGACCGACAGGCUGCAAACAGGUUUUGCGGAACUCAGCAAACAGCUUACACAGCAGCUCAGCCAACAGUUUGCUGCCAUGGCAGCCACUUCAUCUCCCAGCAGAUCUGCGACCCCAGGUAUCGCUAGCUCACUCUUACAGCCUUCCAGUUCUGAAAAUGUAGUCAUCAGCACUUCAUUUCCCUUGCUGCACAUACCACUACCCUCUAGUCAACCUCUACACCGUAACAGCCCCUCAACCACCCAACUUUCCAGCCCCCAACCACAACCACCACCCUCUUUUUCCCCAACUCAGCCCACGAUUCCUUCGAGCAACACUGUUUUUACCACCUACACACCAGUUUCUUUUCAACCCACAAAUACCUCUUUCCAAAUACCCUUUUCCCAACCUUUUCACACCGCCCCAACUCCUUCCCCUUUUGCCCAACCCAAUCAAUUUUUCCCACAAUCUUCCAAUCAAAACCCUCAUACUCAUCAACCUAUACGUAACCCAAAAAUUGAAUUGGGAAUUUUCGACGGCACGGAUGUUUUAGAGUGGCUAUUUCAAUCCGAACAAUUUUUUGGGUUUUACAACAUUCCGAUUGAAAACAGGUUACCUAUGGCUGCUUUUUAUAUGAAGGGAGAAGCUCUAAGUUGGUAUAAGUGGAUGUUUCAAAGCCAUCAACUAACAGAUUGGCAUAAUUUUGCUAGAGCACUUGAACUACGUUUCGGUCCCUCAACAUACGAAAAUCAUCAAGCUCAGCUCUUUAAGCUACGGCAACAUGGCUCGGUGGCAGAAUAUCAAGCUAAUUUUGAGCGUUUGGGAAAUCGGGUUUUGGGAUUACCUUCCGAAGCCAUCCUUAAUUGUUUCAUAUCCGGUUUGAUUCCGGAAAUUCGUAAUGAAUUAGCUAUUCACCAACCCUUUUCUAUUUCCCAAGCAGUGGGACUUGCUAAACUCAUAGAGUCCAAGCUUAAGGACUUAAAACCGAAAUUUCCUAAACACAAUACCACUUUUCACCCACCCCAAUCAGCCCAACUACCUUAUCACAAAAACCCCAACCAAACCGCAACACCACCAAACUUCAACCACACCACUACAACAACACUUAACACACAGCCUGCCCCAAAUCCUCCCACCCCUACAAAUCGAUUUCCCAUCCGCCGUAUUACCGCUGCCCAGCGUGAGGAACGCAGAGCCAAGGGACUAUGUUUCAACUGUGAUGAAAAAUUUAUUCCGGGUCAUCGUUGCACAGCUGGUAAAUUUCUGCUCUUAAUGGUUGAUGAGGAUGACACUAUCAAUUUGGGCCAGGAAGAUGAGUUACUAACAGAACUUGACAUCACAACUGAACCAGAAGAAACCUAUUUCCAGCUCUCACCGCAGGCAGUUAGUGGUCACUUCUCACCCAAAACCCUGAAAUUCAAAGGAAUCAUCGAUGGUCUGCAUGUCACAGUUUUGAUAGACACAGGUAGUACCCACAAUAUUCUUCAACCUCGCAUUGCCAAACACCUAAAAAUUCCCACGAAAUCAAUACCUAAUUUUUCUGUGAUGGUGGGAAAUGGUUCACAAUUGGAUUGCUGCGGUUUAUGCCCUCAGGUGCCUAUUACCCUACAAAACCAUCUUUUCUUCAUUCCUUUUUAUUUGCUUCCUAUCGAAGGGGCAGAUGUCGUACUUGGGAUGGAAUGGUUAAGAACAUUGGGUCCUAUACUUGCUGAUUUCUCCAUUCCAAAACUCUCCUUCACUUACAACAACAAAGAGAUCACUAUAACGGGAGACUCCAAAACAUCACCUACACCCUCCUCAUACAACCAAUUGUGCCAACUAUUACACACCGAUUCGGUUGCAUCCAUCCACCUCCUAAUUUUCCAGCAGACACCUGAUAGCCCCCUUAAUCCUGACCCACCUCUAACAAACCCUUUGGACACCCUUCCCCAAUCCUUACCACCAGAAAUCCACUCUGUCCUAACAUCCCAUGCUUCUAUUUUUCAACCACCAUCAGGCCUACCUCCGUCUCGGCCACAUGACCACAGUAUUCCCCUAACACCUAACACUAACCCUGUCAACAUUAAACCUUACCGCUGCCCACACUCUCAAAAGGAAGCCAUGACCACCAUUAUAAACGAUAUGUUACAAGAAGGCAUUAUCAAACCUAGUAACAGCCCUUACUCAUCCCCAGUCCUGUUAGUACGAAAAAAAGAUGGCUCGUGGCGUUUUUGUGUUGACUAUCGCGCAUUAAAUGCAAUUACCAUUCCCGACCGUUUCCCAAUACCAACAAUUGAUGAACUCUUUGAUGAGUUAGGUUCUGCAUCUUGGUUUACUAAGAUUGACCUACGGUCAGGCUAUCACCAAAUUAGGGUUAAUCCAGACGACACUCACAAGACAGCGUUCAGAACCUUUGAUGGGCACUACGAGUUUUUGGUGAUGCCCUUUGGGUUAACUAAUGCUCCUAGUACCUUUCAGUCGGCAAUGAACGAUCUUCUAAGACCUUAUUUGCGCCGGUUUGUUCUAGUUUUUUUUGAUGACAUACUCAUUUAUAGUUCUUCUUUAUCUGAUCAUGUUACUCAUUUGCAAUUGAUUUUAGAUUUACUUUCUACUAAUCAAUUUUUUGCUAAAUUAUCCAAGUGUGUGUUUGCUGUUCCUAGUGUUGAUUAUUUAGGUCACAUUAUCUCUUCUCAUGGUGUAACCCCGGACCCGUCAAUAAUUCAAGCAGUUUUGGACUGGCCGAAGCCACGCUCACUCACGACACUCAGGGGUUUUUUAGGCCUCACCGGCUUCUAUCGACGAUUUGUUCGUCACUACGCCUCACACGCCGCUCCCCUCACCGACUUGUUACGUUUCACUAAAUUCAAGUGGAGUCCAGAAGCAGAUACAGCAUUUACAACACUGAAAAAAAAAAUGACGGAAACUCCAGUUCUGGCUCUGCCUGAUUUCUCCAAGCUUUUUGUUCUGGAAACGGACGCUUCUGCUGUGGCCAUCGGUGCUGUCCUUUCCCAAGAUAACCAUCCUCUAGCUUUCUUCAGCAAGAAAAUGUGCAACCGCAUGCAGGUUUCAUCCGUUUACGUGCGCGAGAUGUACGCCAUCACCGAGGCUGUAAAAAAAUGGCGUCAGUAUUUAAUCGGUCGUCAUUUUCAUAUCUUCACUGAUCAAAAGAGUUUGAAAAAUUUGCUAGUUCAGACUAUUCAAACGCCGGAACAACAAAAAUGGGCGGCAAAAUUACAAGGGUUUAGUUUUGAUAUUUUUUACAAACCUGGAAAGUGUAAUCAAGUGGCAGACGCCCUAAGUCGCAUGCAUGCUGAAGAAGAAGCUAUACUCCUCUCAGUUUCUUCCCCAACCCCGUUGAUCCUCAACCAACUUAGACAAUACUACACCACAGAUAAACAAGGUCAAGAAUUGAUUGCAAAAUACAACUCAGACCCUCAUAUGCAAGUCUUAUACAAAUUCAAAAACAACAUCAUGCUCUAUAAGGAUAAGAUUUACAUACCUGCAAUACCAGAAAUGCGCCAACACCUUCUCCAUGAGUUCCACUCCACUCCUUCUGCAGGUCACUCGGGUACCCAACCUACUCUUGCAAGACUGUCAUCCUCCUUCAACUGGCCUGGCGUUUACAAAGAUGUCAAACUCUUUGUCGAAAGUUGCUCCAUUUGCCAACGCAACAAAUACAUGCCCAAAAGAAAACAAGGUUUACUUCAACCCUUGGAAAUCCCGAAACAGGUUUGGGAGGAAAUCAGUAUGGAUUUUAUUACUCAUUUACCUUCUUCCUUCGGCCACACUGUGAUUUGGGUGAUUUGCGAUCGCCUGAGCAAAUUCGUCCACUUUAUUGCUUUACCUACUCAUUUCACAAGUUCAUCUUUGGCCACUAGAUUCUCUUCGGAAGUUUGUCGGCUUCAUGGGAUUCCUAUCUCGAUCGUAUCUGACAGAGACCCCCUUUUCCUGAGCGCGUUUUGGAAGGAACUAUUCCGUCUCCAAGGUACUACCCUGAAACACAGCACAGCUUAUCACCCGGAAACCGAUGGCCAAACAGAGGUCGUGAAUAGAAGUUUAGAAACUUACCUUCGCUGUUUCACGAAUGAUCAACCACGCAAAUGGUUUAAGUUUCUGCACCUUGCUGAACUGUGGUACAAUACAUCUUUCCAUUCUGCCAUUGGGAUGACACCCUUCGAAGCUCUCUACGGUAGACCACCGCCUACCCUCUUAGACUACACCACAGGUAAUUCUGAAAAUGUGUUAGUUGAUAAGGUCUUAACCGAUAGACAAGAAAUACUUGACUCUUUGAAGAAGAAUCUGACUAGGAGCAGAGAAAAAAUGAGAGAACAAGCAAACAAAAAGAGGAUUACCUGUACCUUUGCCGCAGGCGACUUAGUUUUGCUUCGUCUAAAGCAGUAUCGGCAGAUCUCGGUGCACAAGCGCGAUUCCCAGAAACUCUCCCCUAGAUUCUUCGGUCCUUUCAGAGUUUUACGCAGCAUCGGUGAGGUAUCUUACGAACUCGACCUUCCUCCUUCGUCAAAGAUUCACAACGUCUUCCAUGUCUCCCAAUUGCGUCGGUACAAAGGGGUGGAUCCAAACCUUGAUUUCCUUUCUCUUCCACCUGAAACGACAUCUACACACACUUCAGACACGGAAGCUCAAACACAGCUAAGGAAGGAAAUGGACGGCGAACAAAAUACAACAACAGAUUGGGAGUUACCUUUGCAGAAACCGAUUCAAACUGAACAAGAAGGACUUUCGGAGGCUGGGUUUGUAGAACCCAAAGGAAAAGCGAAAGAAGUUUUCUCUGAGAGAAGAAGUGAGAGCACUUCAUCUUUAGAGUCAACUGAAGAGUUCUUCCCAACUAAUGCUCUAAAUGAUACCCCACGUGAAGUUAUCUUGGGAACAGCUGAAGCGUGUUCCAAAACUCUGAGUUCCAAAGUACACACGGCUCGAGAUUCAGCUAACAAAAGGGGACCGUUGGAUCCUCAACGUAUCUUUUCGAAGCAGCCUCCACCGAACACGUUGCAAUCCAGCUGUUUCCCACCCAUUUUCAGAUGUGACUCCUCACUGUCUCCCACGGCCCCACUCACUACUCCAAAUGACAAUCCAGAUUCUUCUACCCACAGCAAAUCCAACGAACACAAGCCUAUUCCUAAUGCGCACCUUGAGGUCAAGGAGUUUUUUUGGGCCGGAUAGUGGUGAUAGAAGGCCCAAGCGGAUAUUGAAGAAACCAAUUUGGAUGCAAGACCAUAUUUCUUAUUAAUUAAAUUCUGUAAUUUCUUUAUGUUUUCCUCUAAGUGGCUUAGGCCCAUCUUUAUUUUAACUCAGGCCCAGCAGCCUUGAAACUAUGUUUUAACCUAGUAUUUAUACUCUUCUUAGAGUAAAUGAAGGGAACGGAAUUUUGAAGUCAUUUUAUUUUUCUUAGUUUAAAUUU